AUGUCGCAACCAAAUGCUGAGCACAAUUCUUGUGUGGAAGAAGCUUCUUCCGAGAGUGUUGAUCAUCAUCACGAGCACGGAAAGGAGGGAUUGAAAGCUCCUACUCCUGCCGAUUUAACAGUCUCCUCGGAAUGGUUUGAAUUUAUUUUACAAAAGAAGGGUUUAUUAAAUCAUAAUGAUGAAAAUCAUGUGUUGAAUGUAGAGAUGAAACCUUUGGCUGAGAAUAGAGGACUUUGUGCAGUAAUGACUCGAUUGAGUGUUACUUAUUCUGAUCCUGAUUGUAAAUUACCAAAAUCCUUUGUGUUGAAAUCAAUUCCAAAUACUGAAGAAGCUAGAGCUCAAUCAAGUACACGUGGACAAUUCAGAGAAGGAUUGUUUUAUGAAAGUGACUUGUUGGAAAAGUUAGAUGCUUCUGAAAAUCAUGUAUUAUAUGCUCAUGGAUGUGAAAAAACUGGUGAAUAUAUUAUUUUGAUGAAUGAUUUGAAAAAUAGAGGAGAAAGACAAGUUGGAUGGGAAACUGGUAUGAAUACUGCUAGAAAUGCCUGGAAAGUUGCCAAGGAAAGAAAUUCAAAGAGUGAAUUAUUCAAAUUCUCUGAUAAGUUGAUUGAAAUUAUUGACAAGUCAUUAGAGUUGGCAAGUUGGGAAAAUAUGCAAAAGGCAAUUCUUGAAGAACCAUUCACUUUAUGUCAUGGAGAUUUCCAUGCCAGUAACAUGUUUGUGAAUGUUGAUACUUUGGAAGUAUCCAUGUUUGAUUGGUCUGAAGUUGGAGUGUGGAAUCCAGUUACUGACUUGGCUCAAACUCUCAUCUCUGAUGUUAAACCUGAAAUUGUUGCACAAAAUUCAAAACAUUUAGUCAAAGUUUAUUAUGAUGAAUUGGCCAAUUGUGGAGCUGAUUUGACUGGAUUCUCAUUUGAAGAUUGUUGGAAUGUUUUCUGUAAGAAUGGGCCUGAGAGAUGGAUUUGGCUAUUUGUUGUCUUGUCAUCCAUGUCUGUUAUUCCUGAUAAGGCCAUCAAAUUCUGGCAUGAUAAUUUAUUAUCAUUUAUUGAAUCACAUGGCGAUUAUCCAAUUUACAACCUUAAGAGUAUUGUUUAGAUCCUUAUAAAUAUUUAGAGUUGUAAUUUUUC